ACUCGCUCUAUUGAGCGAGACAACAAGCGAACCAUUAAUAAGCAGGCACAAUCACGGCAUAACAAUAAAUGCUUUGUUUUUCCAAGCCCUGCUACAGUUGUAGUAAAGUUUGGAUUGAACGAGCGAGUAGGAGGACUGUUGCGUCACCAGGCACAAACACCAGCGAACAUCUCACUCACACACCGCUCAAACGGUAGCCCAGGAGAUCAGCUGACAACGGCGGCAGUGGCAUCACCAUCGGCGCCCAGUAGCUGUAGCAUCCGCAGCCCUAGCAGCAGUUGAAACAUGGCAUCCACCUCGGCCGGCACAUUGGAGGGCACACUGAGCAAAUGGACAAACGUGAUGAAGGGCUGGCAGUAUCGCUUCUUCGUUCUGGACGAGAACGCGGGCCUGCUGUCCUACUAUACGUCAAAGGAGAAAAUGAUGAAAGGCGUGCGACGCGGCUGCGUUCGUUUAAAGGAUGCGCUCAUUGGCAUUGACGAUCAAGAGGAUAAUACAUUCACCAUAACUGUCGAUCACAAGACCUUUCAUUUUCAGGCUCGGCACAGCGAUGAGCGUGAGCAGUGGGUGCGACGUCUGGAGGACACAAUAAGACGGCACGCGAAUCGUUCGCGUCUGUGGGACAGUCAGAGCGCCUUCUACCUUGCCGGCGGCUACACGAAGGAGUCGAGCAGCAAACGGGCGAAUCACUUGGAGCUGGUGGGGCGACGUGUUUCCGAAGCGGAUGCCUAUUUACAGCUGAUGAUAGACCAAACCAAUGCGCUGGACAAACGCAUCGCUGAGCUAAGCGACGUCACGGAGCAGGCCAAGUGCAAGGCGCUGCAGGACAAUGCAAGUGCUAUGUUGGAUCAUAUCAAACACUCGAUUGUUAGUCUACAAAUUGCCAAAAAUAUGGCGCACCCCAUCAAUGGCAUUUACAAUGGCCCCACCACUACGCUAACAACAACAACGACAGGCAUGCUGAUGGCAGCGGCGACGGGCCCGUCAGUCAUGGGCCACAGUGGCGGCAGCAGCAGCAGCAGCGGCGGCAGCGGUAAGGCGAACGACGCUCUCAAGAGCGAACUGGCGGGCGACGAUGAGGAUGAUUCAGCAACGGAAAAUGCCAUCACUGCGCCAUUGGGUCUGGUCGUGCCAGAAACCUCUUAUUCGAGCAGCGAAGGUGAAGAAGACUUUUAUGAUGCCUACGAUGAUCCCUUCACCAGUGUGGGUAGCUCACCGAUUGGAUGCGCCACGCGUGGCUUUGCAGAGACAUCGCCCACGCACGAAAAGCCGCAGGACAGUUAUGUUGGCGGCGGUGAUUUGGCCGGAGCCACAGCAGCAAAAGCAGCUACCACAACUAUAACAACAACAACGACAGUUGGGCGUGCGACACUGCCGGAAAUCGAUGAGACAGGGUCGAGCAAGGUGCCAAGCUCUCGCUCGUCUAGCUAUGACAAUGGCAUCGAUUAUGAUGCACUCUACGAAGAGGAGGAGGAGAUGGACCUCAGCAUGGAGGCGCACGGAUCAAUGAUAACGCAUCUAUUGUCGCAGGUGAAGAUCGGUAUGGAUCUCACCAAGGUGGUGCUGCCCACGUUCAUCUUGGAGCGUCGCUCUUUGCUCGAAAUGUAUGCCGAUUACUUUGCCCAUCCCGAUUUGUUUCUCAAAAUCUCGGAGCUGGAUGACCCACGCGAUCGCAUUGUGCAGGUUUGCCGUUGGUAUAUGAGCGCCUAUCAUGCGGGUCGUAAGAGCGCGGUGGCCAAAAAGCCCUACAAUCCCAUACUGGGCGAAGUAUUUCAGUGCCAUUGGGAUAUUCCAGGUGAAACCCAAGAUGGAAAUGAGGUGCGUGACGGUCCUGUACCCUGGUGCCGGCGGGAUCAGCUAACAUUUUUAGCGGAGCAAGUGUCGCAUCAUCCGCCAAUUUCAGCCUUUUAUGCAGAGCAUUACAAUAAGAAAAUAACAUUUACUGCUCAUGUCUGGACGAAAUCGAAAUUCCUGGGCUUAUCCAUUGGCGUGCACAACAUAGGCGAGGGUGUCGUUACCCUGGUGGAUCGCAGCGAGGAGUACAUUGUUACGUUUCCAAACGGUUAUGGCAGGUCUAUUUUAACGGUGCCUUGGAUUGAGCUGGGCGGCUCAGUCGAAAUCAAAUGCCCACAGACCGGCUACUAUGCCAACGUGGAGUUUCUCACAAAGCCCUUCUAUGGUGGCAAGCGAAACAAAGUCAGCGCCGAGAUCUAUUCGCCCAAUGAUAAGAAGCCAUUUGUAUCGAUUGCCGGCGAGUGGAGCGGACUAAUGGAGGCCAAGUGGCAUGAUAAGAACAAAACCGAAGUAUUCGUCGACGUAAAUCGCAUACCCAUAUUUAAGAAACAAGUUCGACCAAUCGUUGAGCAGGAUGAAUAUGAAUCGCGGCGUGUUUGGAAGGAAGUGACUGCGGGACUCAAAUUUAAUGACAUUGAGCGCGCCACCAAUGCCAAAUUUGUUGUGGAGCAGCAGCAGCGUGAUCAGGCCAAGGUUCGCAAGGAAUAUGACCUAGCUUGGGAGCAUAAGCACUUUAAACCCGUGGGCGAUAAUUGGAUAUAUACAAAGCCGCUGAGUCAGCGCAUGUAUUUGCAGGAAAAGGAGGCCAAAAGAUAAUGCAUGAAUUGGGAGCCAGAAGAAACGCCAACACCAAUGUUUUUCUUCAUAUAUAUCUAUAUUUCUAUGUAAAGAUAUAUGUGAUUCAUAUCAAGAAUGAGGAGCCUCAACUAUUGUAUAAUAUCCUGAAGUGCGCAAAUCCCAGACACAAACACUAACGACGAUACAACGUAACAUAUGCAGGAAACUUAAUGUUUUACAGUAUAAUGAAUUAUGAGAUAUGAGAUAAGCGAUAAGGAAACAUCUAGAAUCCGUUUAAUAAUUGUAAAUAGUUUAUACACAUAACACACAACAAACAGAAAAGGCAAACGCCAAGUUUAAGUAGACAGUUAAAAGCAGCAAUAGUUGAACGACACAACGUAAGCACCUAAACAAAUAAUGGUUGAAAUUUAAUAAAUCUAAUAUAAACUGCAAUAAAUAAUAA